AUGCCCACAACAUCUGCCCUCGUCGCAGACAACGUCGACGAUAUCCUCAGUACUAUCCAUGAUCAGUUCACAUUGGACUCGUCGACGCUCUUCAAGAUCACCAAGGCUUUCCUUCGGGAGGUAUCAGAUGGUCUCUCAAACUAUGGGCAUGCGAUGGCUAUGAUCCCCACGUUCGUCAAAGGUGUCCCGAAUGGUUCGGAGACAGGGACAUUCCUUGCUUUAGAUCUUGGUGGAACAAAUUUACGUGUUUGUGAAGUUACCCUUCAUGGCGACAAGACCUUUUCACUGCGCCAGCAAAAGUUUAGGGUAUCCGAGACCCUCAAAACGGGCGAAGUCACGACGCUAUUUGAUUACCUCGCUGAUUCUGUCGACGCGUUCCUGACCGAAUCUGGAUCCCCUACUACUGCUGUUCCUCCAUCACUCACACCUAACCCUUCUCGUGAUAUGGUCAACCCUCUAGAAGAAGAAGAAGAUUCACCUGCAGUUCCUCUCGGCCUAACAUUCUCUUUUCCCGUCGAACAGAUGGCCCUUGACUCCGGCAUUCUCUUGACUUGGACCAAAGGUUUUUCAGCCAAGAACGCAAUAGGAAAAGAUAUCGUAAAACUCCUUCAGAAUGCGUUCGAUCGGAAACAUAUGCAUGUGAACUGCGUUGCACUUGUGAAUGAUACCGUAGGUGCUCUUCUGUCGCGUGCAUACACCUCGGGUGGUUGCAUCCUCGGUGCUAUAUUUGGGACCGGUACGAAUGGUGCAUACGUAGAAAGCGUUGCUAACAUCAAGAAGUUCGGAGACAGCAAUCCUGCCGUUGCUUUGGGAGGCGACAUGAUCGUUAAUACUGAAUGGGGAGGUUUCAACAACUCCCGCACCGCAUUACCUACGACGCCUUACGACAACAAGCUCGAUCGCGAGUCGAUUAAUCCACGAUACCAAGCUUUUGAGAAGUUCAUCUCAGGCAUGUACCUGGGCGAAAUUGCGCGCAAUGUCAUUCUUUCACUUAUAGAUGCUGCACCACGCCCCGUAUUAUUUGGUGGACGAGCGUCAGAUGCGCUGAACAAACAAUGGGGACUUGAUACUGCAGUACUGAGUGAAAUCGAAGAGGCUUGGGUGGGGCUGGGACGGUUUGCACCUCUACCGGGAAAAGAAGACGAGGACGAGGGGACGCGCCUCGAGCGCGUGCGAGGCGUAGUUGUACAGAGACUAGGUUUUGCCGACUCUGACGUGUCCAUCAAGGACGCAGAAAUUGUGCGCAAGGUGUGCUCGCUUGUCGCUGAUCGGGCGGCGUGGAUGAGUGGUUGUGCAAUAGCGGCAGUUUUGGUCCAAACAGGUCGCGCCCAUUUGGCUGAGGAAGGGGCGAGUGAGAACGCUGCCAAAUUACGAGAUGAUGGGCAAAGGAUCGGAGUGGGAGUGGACGGAAGUCUCGUCGAAUUCUAUCCCAAUUUUGAAACAAAAAUGCGCGAAUCAUUACGAAUUCUGGUAGGACCAGAAGUGGAAAGCAGAGUCAAUAUCGGCAUGGCGAAGGACGGUAGUGGGGUGGGCGCUGCUCUCUGUGCCCUCGUCGCAAUUAAGCAGCAGCACUCAUUACAGCAACAUACCUAUCAAGCCGAUCCUGUACACAUUCAACCUCAGGUGUCGACGCAGGAGAAUCUCGCAUACGUAUCAUCAAUGCGAUCGUGA